AAGUUACCGCUAAAUCGUCUAUACCUAACCGACGACAACGACUUUGCACCUCUAGACAAGCAACGCAACGCAGCGGAAUCAACUCGGGAACGGGAACUUAACUCGGCGGCGGGACGGCAAUUUCCUGCUUUGGCGGCAGCCCAGGCCAAAUAUACCGGACAGCUAAACAAUAGCCAUAGUGUAGAGCUCUCGGAAUUUGAUUUUUCACCCGGCAAGGAUCUCAUCUCGUUGCCACUGGUCCGCACAAGCACCCAAGCGGAUCAACCGGAUCUCAUCAAGAAGAUGCCGCUGCACUCGAUCACCGAGAAACCCAAUGAGCGUUGUCCUUCGCCCGUGGUGCCGGCCUAUGCCAACUUUGAGCUGGCCAAGCGCAUGCAUCAGGACAAUCUCGAUCAUCAGCCGCUGCCCGAUUGUGUCGCAGACUUGGCGUUCCGCAAAGCCCAAAUCAGUGGCGGCCACGGCGGCCUCUCACUCGAAAUCGAUCCGAUUGCAACGGGCGUCGGCGUUAAGACGCACAACGCGGGACCGACGCACUGCACGAAGAUGAAGGUCUUUCGACCCAAGACCGGUGGCGGUGUGCUGCCCAAAGCUUUCGCUGGUGGCGACAAUUUUCGCGGCAUUGGCUCGGCGCCCACCAAAAAAAUGGGCGCCAUGGAUUUGGCUAUUGGCUGGGACUUUAAGCCGGCAAAUCCCGCCGACGAACCGCGUCUGGCCCGACACAUUGAUGGCUCGAACGAUUCAGCGGGCCCCGCAGUCUUUACCUGUGUGAAAACGCCUCGCGAUGAUCCACCGAAUGCGGAGCUGGGACGUUCAGCGGGUGUUUUUACCAGCACCCUCGGCGAACCCGACUUUUUCGACAAGGACAUUUUGCGGCGCAAGACGGACUUUGCCGGCCGCACCCUGGAGCGGGACAACGACUGUGCCUGCGACUACUCGCCGCCAGCGAUGCGUGCGCGCAGCGUCUCCCGUGAGUCCAGCGCCUCGCACUGUCGUCGGGCUCCAACGUUGCUGGGCGGGGAUCGCAAUGGCAUAGGCGGGGGCGGGGGCGGCGGCGUAAGCUUCGGUUUGCCCAGCAACCGGCUGGCGAAGCAGUAUCAAUCGACGCCCAUGCUGGGCGACAAGGCAUAUCAGGCGCUGCGCGAAAAGUAUCUGGGACCCGAUGACAACUGUCACACUGAGUCGGCGCUCGGCUGUCAUCUUGGCUCGGCCACGGGACCAUCGUGCAAGCGGGAUCAGCUGCUGCGACGUCCGGCGCGUCGCCUCUGCCACAAGGUGGCGCCAGCACCCAAAUGCUGUCCCUCGGCACAUGGUCACGGCCAUGGUCAUGGGCAUGGACAUGGACAUGGACAUGGUCACUUUCUGAGCAGCAAAGCGGCCUUUCGAGCCGGUGUUCCCAAGUUGAAUGCCAGCGGUGACUUUGUGGGCAUCGCACCCGAUUGUGGCGUCGGCGGUGGGGGAGCCGCUGGGCGUGUCUUGGUUGUGCCACGACCUCGUCAACCGUAUGCCAAGAAGAACUAUGACAUUGAUACGCUGGUGCCACCAUUUCGUAGCCAAGGCGGCGGCGCCGGUCAAGGCGGCUAUCCCGAGCACUGGCGUCUCGCCAGCGUCUAUCAGCAUGCCUACAAGCCCAUCGAUCAGCGACGCCGUCCCCUGCUCCAGACGGUCUACAAGUAGACGCUAAGAGUGGAAGGAACAUAGCAAAAGUUUUCCACGUAGUACUUGCUAUUCUAUGAAUACUAUAGCGAUAUCCCAAAUCUAGUCUAUAAGAUCUGAGAAAAGAACCAAUGCAACUAAAUGGAGGCCUUCAAAAUCCGAAUUCAUUCCAAUUAUAUCGAAAGAGCUUCUAAUAUAUGUAUCUUCAAAUUUAGUAAUCAAAAUUUGAAUACCAUUUAAGGUCCUGUCCAUGAAACUCUUCCAACUCACAAUUCGGUGGAUGAUUUCGGAAAUGUUUUAGUGUUUAAGCAAAUGCAACUGAAAAUAAUUGUUAAUCAACAAACUUACAGAUCAGAUUGAUUAAAUUUGUCCGCUAAAUGAUCUCCAACAAAUUUUUAUUAAAUUAAGAACUGUAGUCCAUUUUUUUUUUGUUGUUGUUAAUCAAACCACUUUAUAGAGAAUGUAAGUUACAAAAAUAUAUAUAACAAUAUAUGUAUAUCUGAUAA